CAACGACAUCUUACGUACACUUUCUAUAUUUCUAACAACACAGUAAAUAUCAGACUGAAACCUUUUUGUGAUUGUGUGCUAUCUGAUCGAGAUAUCCUAUUUAUUAUAAAUACAACAACAAAAAGAUCAUCAAAUAACGAAAUAAAAGAGAAAAAAAUGAUUGAUAAAAGCAAUGAGCCAAUGGCAAUAAUUUCGCAAGCUAGCAUAGCUGAAAUUAUUAGGAAAUUGGAUAAUGACGAAAUUCGCGUGAAUGAAGAAUUAGAGCUGAUGCUUCAGAGACACUGCCACGUGGAGGUCAAACUCCGGAACAUUAGCAAGAUCCUUCCCAGCAUGAACCUGAUACGAGAGGAGGGUGAAAAGUUUAGGACAAUGAUUGAUAAAACACACUCACUAGCUGAAACGGUCAGCGCUAAAGUCAGACAGCUGGAUUUAGCAAGGAGCAGAGUAUGCGAAUGUCAGAGCAGAGUUCAUGACAUCCUUGAUCUUCAGCUAUGUAGUGAGGGUGUUGCGACUGCCUUGAAAAAUGAAGACUACGAACAGGGAGCCGGACACGUUCGUAGAUAUCUCCUGAUGGACGAGAAACUCCUAGAAAGAACAGCAGCCGAUGAUGAUGAUGAUGUCUCUGGUGGUGAACGAAUGAGUAUAGCUGGUUCUUUAUCGACCCUUAAAGAAGCAGCGUUACAACUUGGAAGCGUAGUGAGUCGAAAGUUCGACGAGGCUGUGAGAUGUGAGGAUCUUGCCUCAGUGGAACGUUUCUUCAAGAUUUUCCCUCUCCUCGGUAUGCAUGACGAGGGCCUUGAAAAAUUUAGCCUCUAUUUGUCAUCAAAAUUAGAGGAGACUGGAGGGAAAAAUCUCCGCUUAGCAUUAGAAAUAAAAUGUAAUGAUGAUCGUGCUCCAGUGAUUUAUGCUGAUACAAUGACCUUGUUGUUUGAAGGAAUAGCCAGAAUAAUAGAAGUUCAUCAGCCAAUAAUAGAGACUUACUAUGGUCCUGGUAGACUAUUAAAAAUUCUACAAAUGAUUCAGAAAGAAUGUGAUAAACAGAUGAAGCGAAUCUUUGGCGAAUUUAUGAAAAAUCGAAGCAUCCACAAUAAAGUCCAAUCAAUAAAUGAUUAUAAUCGUAUUAAGCCCUCAACAAGUGAUAAUAAAAAUGAUAAACCAGAUCCAAAAUUUCUGGACCUCCUUCUAGGAGAACUAACUUUAAUGCACACCAGAGCCGAAUUGUAUAUAAAAUUUCUACGCAGACGGAUAAUAAAUGACAUUGAAAUAGGAAGCCAAGAUGAUGAGCAACGUCAACAGCAGAUUAAUGAAUUUGAGAGAAUGAUUAAAAAUUCGGAAUUAUGUCAUAUUAUGCAGGAGAUAUUGGGGGCUUAUCUGGCACUUGAGAGAUAUUUUCUCGAGGAGUCUGUCAAUAAAGCCUUGGGGAUGGACAUUUUGGAACAGGAUCAGCAGACUUCAAGUAUGGUGGAUGAUGUAUUUUAUAUUGUCAAGAAAUGCAUAAGGCGUGCCAUCUUUAGCUGGAGUAUUGAUGGUAUUUGUGCAGUUGUCAAUAUGUCAUGUGGUAUAUUAGAGGGUGAUUACACAAAUCGUCUGAAGAAUCGUCUCCGUCAAGGCUAUCCAGCGGGUUAUUUAGAUCUAGCUCAAGCUUAUAAUGCACUCCAAACGAGUAUUCAGCAGGGUCGUUUGCAAGCCUCGGACACGGAGUAUGGAAGAUUGAUGUUUCUAGCCUAUUUAAAUAAUGCUGAUGUCAGUAUUGAAUAUGUUGAAACAUUAAGUAAGAGUUUAGCUAUUGAAAUAGACUCGGCAUUUAUUCACAUGCCGCACAAAGAUAGAGGUAAAAUUGAGAGUUGUCUAGCUGAAAUGAAAAAUGUCACUAGUACAUUGAGAUCAGUAAUUGAUUAUGGAAUGGAGCAAUUGAGAGCCAGUGCUGUCAAGCCCAGAGUUACUCCCUGGGUUGAUUCCUUCCUCUCAGUGAAUCAUCAGAUCAAUGAGGACCAACUCCUGAGAUACGAGACCGACGAGCCUUUUGUCCAAACAUUAGUAAUGAAUCUAGAGGGGCUUUUGCAAGGCUUUAAAGACAGUCUGACUCCAUCAAACUAUGAUGCACUAGUUGGUAUUCUAACAUCAGAGGUGACAAUUAGAUUGGAAAAAAUUGUCCUUAAGUCGACCUUUAAUAGAGCUGGAGGUUUAAUAUUGGAUAAAGAAAUAAGAUCACUUGCAAGUUAUUUAGCCUCAGCAACUUCAUGGUCGGUGAGGGAUAAAUUUGCAAGGCUUGUGCAAAUUGCUACCAUCCUCAGUAUUGAAAAGGUGGACGAGUUGAUUGAUUAUUGUGGGGCUGAUGCUAUAGUUUGGCGUUUAACUCCAGUCGAGGUCCGCAAAAUUGCCGCUCUCAGAACUGAUUUUCGUUCUGACGACAUUAAACGCCUUAAAUUGUAAUAGUCCAUUUAAUUGUUAUUUUAUAUUGUAAAUUUAUUAUAAAUCUGUAGAAUUAUAAUUCCUAAGUCAGAUAUUCAGCAUAA